GAAGAAAUCUUAACAUUGCAACACAUGCCAAUACGGCCGGGUUAACUUAUAAAGUGACAUUUUAAAAUUCCCGGGAAAUAUCCGGCUGAAACAUCGCGGUAUGAUGACGUAUGCGCGUGACGAAGUCCGAGUAACGGAAAUUAUGGUACCCCGUAGAAUCCUAUACAAAAAGCUCUGUUUUCAUUUCAUAAUUCCACAGUAUUUUGGACAUCUUUUGCAAUUUUUUAAUGAACAAUGAAGGCUGCAAAGAAGACAGUUGUAGGUGGGAUCAGUGUAUUAGCAGCGGACUACAGCAACACAACCAGGAGGACUUUGUUGGAGCGCUAGCGGCUAGCCGCGCUAGCCGCGCUAGCCGCCGACUUCACCUUGACUUCCUACGUCUCCGGGCCGCCAAACGCAUCGGGUGAAGUCCUUCGUCCUUCUGCCGAUCGCUGGAACGCAGGAGUUGUUGGCAAAGAGACCACGUCCAGGUGUGCAGGUGACGAUGUCCUGCAGGGCCUGUGCAAUGGAGUAAACGGCACUGUACACGUUGUAGGAGAUACGAAGAAAUGGCACAUACCUUUGAAAUGUAACGCGAUGCGUCAAAAAUGCAGAGCUGCGAGGAGUUCACGGCGAAUGGAUGGAUGUAUUUACGCGGAACGUGUGGUCCGUCUCACAUGCUGCGGCACUCUGCUAGAAAGGAUGUCUGGUGCAAAGAUGGUGCUCUUCCUUCAGAGUCUCUCACGCAGGAAACCCCUGGAGCCCGAAGGCGAGGUGUCCAACUUUCGCCGCUGCCUGACGGCCCUUGACCUGGUGGCUCUGGGGGUGGGUAGCACAUUGGGGGCCGGCGUCUAUGUGCUAUCCGGAGAGGUGGCCAGAACCGUGUCCGGGCCCAGCAUCAUCAUCUCCUUCCUGAUAGCAGCCGUAGCCUCGGUGUUUGCAGGAUUGUGCUACGCCGAAUUUGGAGCUCGGGUUCCCAAGACCGGAUCGGCGUAUCUCUACAGCUACGUGACAGUGGGGGAGAUAUGGGCUUUUAUCACUGGAUGGAACCUGCUACUGUCCUACGUCAUAGGCACCUCAAGUGUGGCCAGAGCAUGGAGUGGAACUUUUGAUGAACUCAUUGGAAAUAACAUCGCCAACUCCCUGGGCAAACACGCUGCCAUGGACCUGCCAGGAUUAGCUCCUUACCCAGACUUCUUCGCUGCUGGCCUUAUUAUGCUCUUGGCAGGUAUCCUUGCAUUCGGUGUCAAAGAGUCGGCCAUAGUGAAUAAGGUCUUUACAGCCAUCAACAUCUUAGUGCUGCUCUUUGUUAUCCUUGCUGGCUUCAUAAAGGGCGACAUCAACAACUGGUACACCCGUGAGGAGGAUCUCAUCAACGCAUAUGAAAACAAAACGAUGAAUGAAACUCUGAGUUAUGGCACAGGAGGAUUUUUCCCUUUUGGCUUUGAGGGAACAUUGGCAGGAGCUGCUACUUGCUUUUAUGCAUUUGUUGGCUUUGACUGCAUUGCAACAACAGGAGAGGAAGUUCAGAACCCCCAAAAAUCCAUCCCGCUGGGAAUCGUGGCAUCCCUCCUCAUCUGCUUCCUGGCUUAUUUCGGCGUGUCGGCCGCCCUCACCUUAUUGAUGCCGUACUAUUUGCUGAGCGCCAACAGCCCGCUACCUGCAGCCUUCACCUACGUGGGCUGGGGUCCUGCAAAGUACGCGGUGGCCGUGGGGUCUCUGUGCGCUCUGUCCACAAGCCUGCUGGGCUCAAUGUUCCCAAUGCCCAGAGUGCUCUUCGCCAUGGCGAGGGACGGCCUUCUUUUCAGCCCGCUCAGCAAGAUGAGUGACAGACAAAGUCCUGUCAUCGCUACCCUGGUUUCAGGUGUCGUUGCAGCAAUCAUGGCGUUGCUGUUUGACCUGAAGGCUCUGGUUGACAUGAUGUCCAUCGGCACCUUGUUUGCAUACACCCUUGUUGCCAUAUGCAUCCUCAUAUUAAGAUACCAAGCAGACCUCAGUGUUCCUCCUAAUGACAACAAACAAGAAAAAUUUACAGUCAGUGGAUUAUUCCUCCCUGGUUCACAAUGUACCUCACGGACCUCAAAGAAUGUUUCUAUUUUGAGUGUUUUCAUCAUACUUUUAGCCACCAUCUUGAGUUUGUUCAUAUCACAAGCUGUGAGCUCAUUGCAGUCGUCAGAGUGGUGGAGCGUGCUCUGUGUCGUCAUGGUGACGCUGAUGCUCAUCUUUACCCUCCUCCUCAUUUGGAGACAACCGCAAAGUCAGACAACAGCUGCUUUCAUGGUUCCUUUAGUACCGAUGCUUCCUAUAUUGAGCAGUUUGAUCAAUAUUUACCUGAUGGUUCAACUUGGAUCAGGCACGUGGAUACGCUAUGCAGUGUGGAUGGCUAUAGGUCUAAUCAUUUACUUUGCUUACGGCGUUCAGCACAGUGUGCAGAAGCAAAGACUCCAAAAUGUGCACAACCAAGUCAGUAUUCGCAGCAUCAGCAGUCCUGUGGACGACCACGUGGAGCUUGUCCGCUAAAUCUACUGUUCUCAUUUAUUUUUUUUCCAUUCAACGCAACGAGUAAAGAUAUUUUUUUUUAAA